GUGAAAUAUUAACUAGAUGUGUGAGAUGAUGCAAAAAGAUCAAAAGACUGGUGACUAAAGGAGUCAGUGAAAUAUUAAGUAAUAGGUCUAUCUGUAAGAGCAGCCAUAAAGAUUGUGAGACUGGUGACCAAGGGAGUUAAUUAAAUAAUAACUAGAGGUGUAUGAAAGGGCAGAAAGACCAUGAAACUGGUGACCAAGGCGGUGCUACCUAGAUCUGGGAAGACUGUGCGAUCCCUGGCCGGAGGUAUGAAAAGACAUAAGCGAUUGAUUUUGAAGGAGGCCAGAAAGACGCGGCACCACUCCCCAGUGGAGAAGAAGAAUUAACAAAGACGUCCCACCACAAAUCUCCAGCAGUUACUGGAGUUCGGAACCUAACGAAGGUGCCCCAUGGCAGAGCGAAAUCCCCUGCACAGGAAAAGUGGACGAAGAAGCAGACGUUUUUGUGACUACUGACGACGGGACCAAUGUUGAACAUCCGUGGACAGAAAACAGUAAAACGGAGGGAUGCCUCUUCUUGACUGAGCGUCAUGCCCUUUUUCUGAUCGAGUGUAUGUCAGCUCUAGAGUCACUGGAGCAGGGGAUUAGUCAACGUCUGUAUUUUUGUCUUAUCGGUCGAAGGUCUGCGUCAACCGGAACAAAGUCAUGGUCACACGAAAAAUCAAAACAAACCAACAGACGAAGUAGGACAGAAUUUUCAUGGAAUACUGCAAGGGAAUAUUGGGAAUAAUUUUAGGCUCGUAUUGAGUGAAGAAAGGGCAUUAUUUACAAACAGUGGCAGGAGUUGUCAUUAUGAAAACCUGAUUGUAGAGGUACUCCUAACCCACCCAUGACAUCAGUAUCAAGAUUACAUCAACAAUGUCAUACCGUAAACUCAGUUCACUGCCCCUCCAGGAAUAUGUCAAGUCCAGCUUAUCCAAGACAUCACUCAGGACUGUCAAGGCAAGUGCUAGUGCUGCACCGUGUCACAAGGAUGUGCUGCUGUUGUCACCACUCACUGUGAUGAAUAUGUUGCAUCUGAGUGCUGACCAGUGCAAGGAAUUCAUGGAUUACCUCUUCAGCUUGUGUGUUCCUCCAAAAUUCACAGCAUAUGAGAUGGAGGAGAUGGAGCAGCACAACAACAUCCCUCUGGGCAGCAAGGCCCUGGACACACUCCUGCACGGUGGCCUCCUGUCUGGCUCGCUCACUGAGUUUGUGGGUCCCCCAGGUGUUGGCAAGACUCAGUGGUGUCUGUACAUCACCACCAAGGUAUUGGCCGGGGGCAGGGGAGGAGUCCAUCCAUCAGCAAUAUAUAUAGACACAGAGUCAGCUGUAAGACCUGAGAGAAUUGUGGAGAUGAUGACAAACAAAUACCCAGAGCUUUCAUCAGAAAUUCCACAGUUUCUCUCCAGAAUUCACAUGUUCCGGCCCAGGACAGCCACCUCCAUGCUGGAAAUACUGGACUCCCUUGAGUGUAUUGUGGUGGAGAAGGACGCUAGAGUAGUAAUAGUGGACUCCAUUGCCUCCAUGGCUGUUUCUCUGUCAGCAAGUUCCAUGCAGUCUAAAGCGAGCCAGCUGUCCUCCUGGGCUGCCAAACUGAAGUCACUGGCUCACCAACUAAAUAUAUGUGUAAUUGUUACAAACCAGAUCACCACAGUACAUAAGCCACAACUGCCUGAGCCGUCAUCGGGUGUGGGGCCUCAGCCACACCCGCAGGAACAGGUGGUGGAUAGAAGGGAGUCUGUACUGAACCAAGAAGACAGAGUAGUGGAUGCAGCAGCUCCUGUGCCACGCUUACCGGACCACACAGAGUGUGCCAUCCCAGCACUGGGCAAUGCCUGGACUCACUGCAUCACCACACGACUCAUCCUGCAGUAUUGUACAGAUUCAGCAGCCAGGCAGAUUGUAAUUGCCAAGUCUCCAGUUUCGCCAUUUGCCAUCUUCAGCUACAUUAUCACACAUGGUGGUAUCACCAUUCAAGAGAAAGAUUGCUGCUACUCCUACUCUGGACCAGACCCAGGCCAGUUCAGGAUCCGAGUGCAGAGGGGCAUACCCCUGGACACUGCCUGACACUCACCCACUUAACUUUGCCUUCCUCUUAGAAUAAAUUGACAACUGCUC